AUGUAUUAUAUACAAAUUCAGAUUAUGUAAUAUAUUUUAAUUACUAUUUCAAACAAUGUCUUAAAAUAAAAGUAAAUAAUCCAAUGCUAAAUUAUAGUUAUUAUGCUGGGAGAUUGUGGAGUAGGCAAAACAACUAUCUUAAACAAUUUUUUGGAUAUCAAUGGAAAAACUGAGACAACCAUUGGAGUAUAGCAUCAUUCGUUCACAAGAAAUAAUGUGAAGUUUUCAAUAUGGGAUACAGCAGGACAGGAGAAGUAUAGAUCCAUAGUGUCAAGCCAUUAUAAACGAGCAAAGGCUGCUAUUUUGGUUUAUGAUUGUUCAAGUGAAUCAUCAUUAUUACAUAUUGAUAAAUGGAUUGAAGAACUUGUCUUCUAAGCUGGUGCAAAUGUUAAAAUUGCAUUAAUAGGGGUAAUUGGAUCUAAAUUUCAAUUUUGGUUAGAAUAAAACAGACUUAUAAAAUUUCGAUAUAAAUGA